AUGUCCGAGGGGACUUACCAGCGCCUUUGGGAGGUCUCCCACGUGACCCUGCAGGAGCUGCUGGACCAAGAGGAGCCCCUGCUGGAGCCGGUGCCCAGCCGGGAGCGGCAGUCGUUCCACUACAGGAUCUCGGUGCUCUACCUGCGCUACCUGAGGCUGCUGCGCCGCUUCGACACAAUCUACGACCAGAUGGUGCAGCCGCAGAAGCGACGGCUGCUGCGGCGCCUGCUGGACGGCGUGGCGGGCCGCGUGCUGGAGCUCAAGGAAGAGCUGGUGCGCGUGGACCUGUGCGAGACCCACUGCCUGGACCGCGUGCUGCAAGACCUCAAGCUCACUCCGGCAGACCUGGAGGUUCCCAUCCCCAAAUACUUCAAGCUGGAGCAGUCCGCUGCCGUGAAGGAGCGAGAGUUGGUGCUGGCUGAGAUCCUGUCCAGACUGAAGCCGCUGAUCUCCCGAGAGAGCUUUCAAGGAAUGAGCCGGACUGAAGCCAUAAUUGUAGUGCAAACUGCUGAGCGGGCGCGGCAGGGCCGUCUCAGAGCCACCUUCAUGAAAGAAAUUCGGAAGGAGGAGGAGCGAGAUCGGAAGAUUCGGGAAGAAGGGCGGCGCAGAGUCACUCAGGAUCAAGGAGCUGUUGCCAUCCAGAAGGUGUGGAAAGGUUUCCUGCUGAGGAGACACAUCAACCAGAUCCGGCGCUGUGAGAUGGAGUUCAUCGGCAUGAUUCCUCCAUCCAACCAGGUGUCAGGCUCCAGCAACAUCUCCCAGGCCUGCCUGAGAGAGGAGGUGCGGAGGAACCAGCAGGCUGAAAAGGAGGAGGAGUUUCAGCUGGCCAUGAUGAAGACCCACGAGUCCCUCAAAGAGACGGAGGGUCCCGACAUGAAGGAGAAGAUGAAGGACCAAAUCAGACAGUGGUUCAUCGAGUGCCAUGCCCUAACUGGUCGGUUCCCUGACUAUCCAGAUGAGGCCUUGGGUGGAUCCCAGUUGAUCUUUGCAGACAAGACUCCAGAGCAGGUGAGAAUAGAGCUGGAGAUGCAGGCCCAGGAUAACAAAAAGAAGGACCAAGAGAAGAAUAAGGAGAAAGAUAAGGAAAAAAAGGAGAAGAAAAGGGUGGGGAAGGAAGAUAAGUCCAAGAAAGGGGAGCCAGAGAUGGUUCUGAAAGCGCUGCCUUCCAAGUUGGUGCCUGUGAUUAGUGCCAGCCACGAGGAGUACAUAAAUGUCUGGAAGAACCGCGACGACAAUAAACACCCCAGUCAAAGCUUUGACCCUGAGACUCUCCGCGAGGAGAAGAGGAAGGAAGUGGAGCUGGAGAUCCGGACCCAGGUGGACGAGCUGAUGCGGCAGGAGCUGACGAACUUACGCCUGGCCGUGGACAAGGAGGAGAGCCGACCCCAGAAAGCUGCCAAGAAAAAGUCUGGAAAGAAAUCUGGGAAGAAGAAGGAAAAAGAUCUGACCCCAGACAGGACUCUAGACUCGCUGUACGAAGAGCUCGUCGUAUUUGGCCUUCUGAAGAAGAGUAAGACCAUAGCACUGAAUGACUACAUUGGUGAUUGCCUCUAUCUUGGGUCCACUCUGGCUUUGGCCAACAAGUUGCCCAUGCCCUCCCUGUUUGAUAUUCGACAGAACAUGGCCUUGUAUGGAGUCCUUCGGCUGGGCUCGCAGGACAUACACUCCAUGGCUCCCCUCAUCCGCUCCAUCCUCCUGGUGGGACCCUCUGGCGUGGGGAAGAAGAUGCUGGUGCAAGCAGUGUGCACAGAAACUGGUGCCAACCUGUUCGACCUGUCACCUGACAACCUGAUGGGCAAAUACCCUGGCAAGACCGGGCUGCAGAUGAUGAUGCACAUAGUGUUUAAGGUGGCCCGGCUUCUACAGCCCUCUGUGAUCUGGAUUGGAGAGGCAGAGAAGACUUUCUAUAAGAAGGUCCCAAAAGAGGAGAGGAUGCUAGACCCAAAGCGAAUCAAGAAGGACCUUACCAAGGCCAUACGACAACUGAACCCCGGUGACCGAGUGAUGCUGAUAGGGACAACCAAUAAGCCACAGAUGGCUGAUAUGAAGGGCCUGUGCCGGGUCUACGAGCGGAUUCUCUUCAUACCCCGGCCUGACUAUGCCUCUCGCUAUGUACUCUGGAAGCAUAUGAUAGUGACCUGGGGAAUCAAGGCGACCCAAACCCUGGACAUCAGUGCUCUGGCCAAGGUGUCUGAUGGCUACACAUCGGGUAGCAUUCUCCAAGCCAUCCAAUCAGUGCUGACUGAGCGGCGCCUCCUGCAAUUGGCCAAGAAGCCACUGGUGGCGGCUGAGUUCCUGGGGCACCUGGCCAAGCUGGAGCCAGUGUACAGGGAGGAGGAGGAGUCCUUGAAGGACUGGUACUUCAAGACUCCACUGGGUAAGAAGAAUAUGAAAUUUGCCAAAGACCUGCAGGAUGCUGAGGAAGCAAGAAUGGCAAAGGAGAAGAAGAAAAGGAAGUGA